GCCCGCUCUGUGUCAAGCUCCGCGACCCCCAGCCGCCCUGCAUGACCUGUGCUGCCCAGCACACACACAGCCAGCGUAUGGCGGGGGUGGGGCGCGCUGCCCCCGAGUGCUAGUGGGUGUAAGUGUCGGCUGAUGACUGCCCAUGAGGCUGUAGUCAAGCGUAGCCUCGAGUGACGCCAGAGAGCUGCAGGACGCAGGCUGGGCCCUCAAGAUGGCGGCCAGGGGCGCUACUACCGUGGCCCCGUUAUGGCCCCCUCUGCUGUCUCCUGUCCUAAUCUUCCUGCUCCUCACAGCCAGUCUACACACAGGCGUGUGCAGUGAGGACGAAGAGAGACUGGUAAGGGAUUUAUUCCGUGGCUACAACAAACUCAUCCGCCCUGUGGAGAAUAUGACAUACAACGUGGAUGUGGCUUUUGGCUUGGCUUUCAUCCAGUUGAUCAAUGUGAAUGAGAAGAACCAGAUUAUGAAGUCUAACGUAUGGUUGAGACUGGUAUGGAAAGACUACCAGCUUAGAUGGGACGCAGCCGACUAUGGUGGCAUCAAAGUGCUUCGCCUUCCGCCCGAUAAAGUAUGGAAGCCGGACAUCGUACUGUUUAACAACGCCGACGGGAACUACGAGGUUCGGUACAAGAGCAACGUACUUAUCUACCCUCACGGCGAGGUCCUUUGGGUGCCUCCUGCCAUCUACCAGAGCUCCUGCACCAUCGACGUCACCUACUUCCCCUUCGAUCAACAGACCUGCCUCAUGAAGUUCGGCUCGUGGACGUUCAACGGGGAUCAAGUGUCCCUCUCUCUCUACAACGCCAAGAACUUCGUCGACCUUUCCGACUACUGGAAGUCCGGCACCUGGGAUAUUGUAGAGGUGCCGGCAUUCCUGAACGUAAUUAACAACACGCCUCACCCCACGGAGACAGAUAUCACUUUCUACAUCACCAUCAGGAGGAAGACCCUCUUCUACACCGUCAACUUGAUCCUGCCUACUGUGCUUAUCUCCUUCCUCUGCAUCCUCGUCUUCUACCUCCCUGCUGAGGCUGGUGAGAAGGUGACGCUGGGUAUCUCCAUUUUGCUCUCCCUGGUUGUGUUCCUGUUGCUGGUAUCGAAGAUCCUGCCCCCCACAUCGCUGGUGCUUCCCUUGAUCGCCAAAUAUCUCCUCUUCACCUUCGUCAUGAACACCGUCUCCAUCCUCGUCACCGUCGUCAUCAUCAACUGGAAUUUCAGAGGUCCAAGGACUCAUCGAAUGCCCAACUGGAUCAGGGUAAUGUUUCUCAAGUACCUUCCCAUCAUGUUGUUUAUGAAGCGACCCAAGAAGACUCGCCUACACUGGAUGAAUGAGAUGACCGGAGUUCCCCCACAUCACCAUUACGGCUCCCCAGAGGUCGACAAAGGAACCAGUAAGAUCGAGCAGAUGGAGCUCUCCAAUCUCCACCACCCUAAUUGCAAGAUCAACAGAGAGUCUCCACUGUUGCAGAUGCCGCGUCGCGAGUCUGAGAGUUCAGACUCGCUGUUCAUUACUCCGGAGGCGUACAAAGCGACAGAGGCGGUGGAGUUCAUAGCUGAGCACCUGAGAAAUGAAGACGAGUACAUCCAGAUACGAGAAGACUGGAAAUACGUCGCCAUGGUGAUUGAUCGUCUCCAAUUGUAUAUCUUCUUCGCCGUGACCACCGCCGGGACGAUUGGUAUACUAAUGGAUGCUCCUCAUAUAUUUGAAUACGUUGACCAGGAUAAGAUUAUUGACACAUAUAGAGGGAAGUGAAGAGAGAAAACUUUUAUCGUGUUGGAGUUCAACGUGUAUAAUGUAAAAUGCAAAAAAAAAAAAUACUGAUAAAAAAUGAAAAUGUUUUUACACUGGAGUGGAGGUGUGUAGGUAACGAGGGAGAUUGAAGUCCCAGGAUGCUGAAGGAUGUAAACCCUUGUGUAUAUAUCUCUCACUUGCUCUCUCUCUCUCUCCCUCUCUCACACUCUCCCUCUCAUUUCCUCUCUAUGGAAGAAGCAUGAGAAAAAGAACAAUUGCUCUCGUGCUUUAGAAGAGAUGAAGAAAUAAAGAAAAUGAAGGAAAGAAAUAAAGAAAUGUGAUAUCUCGUGUGCAAUGGUCGCUGACACAACACCAAAUAUUUUAAGAGAAUAUAUAUAUAUAUAUAUAUAUAUAUAUAUAUAUAUAUAUAUAUAUAUAUAUAUAUAUAUAUAUAUAUAUAUAUAUAUAUAUAUAUAUAUAUAUAUAUAUAAGGUUCAAAGUACUCUUUUAUCAUGGUGCCAAUUCUGUAUUUGUGCUUUUGGUUGUGUUAAAUCAGUAUUAUGGGUGGUGAGGCAACGAGUCCUCACACACACACACACACACACACACACACACACACACACACUGUUAAGACUCUGGAGUCCUCUGAGGGUUCUUUUGUGGGUCUUCUUGGAGUCUUGGAGCCUUCGGGGUUCCUCUGAUUGUCCUCCGGGGCUUUCCAAGAUUCCUUGCAGUUCAGCUUGUGGGUCCUCGAGGUCCUUCUAGGGUCCUCAGGGUCCAUUUGGGGUCCCAGCCGCCUCCUGGUUCGUCGUGAUGACCGCCAGGUGUCUGUGAGAGUUUACCUGUAAUACCCUUAACCCGUAUUUUCCACAUGAUGGACAACUUGAAGAUGCUCACCCUGUUGUGUAAGCUUCUCAAAUGUAUUAUUCUCCCCUUCAAAAAAAAAUAUACACAUACAGUAUAUAUAUAUAUAUAUAUCACAUUUAUAACAACGGUAAAAUACAAAGAUGUCAUGAGGUAUACCCAGUACACAGAGGGUGUAUAUCCUUGUUUUUAAUAUUCGUUAUACCAAAAAUGAAUAAGUAUUUCUAACCUUCAACUCUUCUGGCAUCACUGCUCAAGACAGACAGCAGAGCCAGCGAUGGUUUACGUGUGCCUCCGUGGGUGUGAGAAAUUUUGGUGGCAAGAACGAGUGUCCGUGGAUUCGUGAGUGUUAUAUAUGUAUCAGUGUAUACAUGUGUGAGUGUCUGUGUCGCAGAUAAUCGUGGAAGUGGAGCACGUAUUGCCAGAAAAUCAAUAUUAACAUUUUUGUUGUUUCUUUGUUGUGGUGAGCGUGGCUGAGCUCGCUCCAGACGCAGGCCACCGCGAUCAUGUGUAUGUCAGGCCAGAACAGAACAAUCAGGAUAAUGAUUAGAUAUUUGUAGUUUUCAUAGGUGCGAACUUUAGCGACAUGUUUCAUAUGUUUACAUAUAUAAAUAGGUAUUAAGUAAAUUUGUAUGUAAAUUAUUACAUGGUUUGGAGUUCAUGCUCAAGGUCAUACUUGAUGGCACUCCUCGGGUGAGGCGAGAGGAGCGUCACCCCCCCGGUACGCAAGAGGCUUGCUCGGGUAGACGCCUGGUGGAAUGCAGUGCUUGUCUUUUCAUUAUUAGCAUGGACAAUAGAACAUUAUUUUAAAUGAAGAGAAAGAGAUACAGAAGAACUCUCUAUUGUCUUGCUCACAAGUAUUAGUGCAUUUCAUUUGGUCUUGGAUAGUUAUUAUGCUUUAACGAGUGUAAGUUACCUAGCAUUUCCUGCUCCGAGGAGCUUGCUUCAUGCUUCUGUCUUCAGGUGCCUCCGAAAGCUGAAUUCUUUAUCAACAUGAUCGUUCCUUGAUCAGUCAGAGAACUCCCAGCGUGUGCCACUAGCUUCUGACAGCCCUCCGAUAGGUCAGCGAAUCGUUCGCUUGAUCAGGGAUUCUUUUUCGAAUGCGCCCAAUUCCUGAUGGAAUUAAAAGUAUUUUUAAAGAGAAGAGACUAUACGAAGCAUUGUAUCAUUGCGAAGAUAUCUUUAUAUGGUGUGAUUAAUCUCGGUUACAUAAUCAUUAGCUCUUCAGUUUUCUCUAACAGUGUUAUAUAACCCUUGGGGGUCUUUGACUGUUUUAGACUUGGUUGAGGCAGUAUAUUGCGUGAGCCUUGAUAAAGUUUCGCGGCUAGUUUUAAGUGGUACUCAAGAGGUUACGGGUACUGGAUUUUCCUAUCAAUGCCAUGGUACCUUUAACUGCUAAGAAACACAAGCGCUGAUGGUUCUUGUCAAGUCUAAGUUUUCAUAACUCAUUUUUUCGCGGGUGUGUUAUCUGUUAUCAACAUUUAGAUAGACACGUAAUGUUGAUUUCAAGUCACUGGUUAAGUUUUGAUCAUUAAAAACUUGAGUGUGACAUCCUGAUUCAGAAAACACAGCUAACUAAAUAAUUGUAAUAUUUCCAUCUCAAGAGGCGAGUGCUUGGAUCAUAAACUCCCCGCCCCGCUACCCGCUAUGUCUGUACUGUUAGUGGAAUCAAAAUAACAAGCCUCUCCUCUCAAUCCAUUUAUACGUGUCUGUUGCGAAAGAUUUUAUUUGCCACGAUGAUGCUUAAAUGAGCUGAAUAUAUCGUAAGCUCUUUCUUCGUUGUGUGUUGUAUUCGUUUGUUUGUUUGUGAUAAGGUGUUUGCCUAAUCCAGCAGCUGAAUCUUGCAAUUUUUAAGUGACUGGCCAAAUUGGCUCAUGUUAUCAGUGUUUUUAUAGAGUGAAGUGUAGGAUGAAACAUGGAUCCAAUACAGGAGCUGUUACUAUGUUUUACUGAAUGAAAACUAUACAGUACAGAACUGAUACAAGAUAACAAACAAAUGUGGGCAUCAUCCAUUUAGAAAGACAUACGUCAUUCAUCCAUUACAUAAUAUAUAUAUAUAUAUAUAUAUAUAUAUAUAUAUAUAUAUAUAUAUAUAUAUAUAUAUAUAUAUAUAUAUAUAUAUAUAUAUAUAUAUAUAUAUAUAUAUAUAUAUAUAUAUAUAUAUUGCCCUAUUUAUCUUGAAGAAUAGGAAGUUCCUUUGCUUUUUAUUUAUUCAGAAUUUCCACAUAGCAAAGAAUACGGAUACUAUUGAGAAAUUUGUAGUGCGCAAGUGUGUGUGUGAUUUUCAGAACAUGAAUAUUUUGAUACUGUAGAUGAGAUAACCAAAUAUUUGCUUCAAAUGAUAAGGCUAAACGGAAAGAACGGUCGCUAUAGAGGCUCUCGCAAGUUAUAGAAAAUUCUUGAAACGGGAAAUCAGUGGAGGCUACGACCCUAUGAUGAGAGGGAAUGUGCCCUAAGGCCAGACGUGUAUUGUGUCUAUAAGUUCAUCUAUUAUUGUUUUAUAUUUUCACUAUAGAAAACUUCUUCUAACUGUCUCAAAGUUCCGUCACACCACCAGCGGAGUGUCACUGAAGCUCCUCCAACACACCGCUUGGGAGAGACCCCCGCACGCUGGGCUGACAGUGACUCGGGUCAGUAGACUAAGUUAGAUCUGGGUUUCUAUAAUAAUAUCUCAUAUACUUCCCGCCGCGUACGCUGUAAAUGCUAAAAGGCUUUCUAAUUUAGGAAUAGAUUUAUUAUCUAGUGUUUGUUUGUUAGAACUACCUAUCUGAAAAAAAAAUAACUUUAGAGGAUGUAGACGAAUCUAACAGUAUCAGUUCCCCCUUCUUGAUUUACAAAGCAUCACAGUUUUAGGUAUAAUUUCCAACAUCAUUACAUUAUCGCUUGAGUAAGUCGUUCAAGGUUGUUCGGUACUCACAACAUUUCAACACUUCCUGUUUUAAGUAUUUUUGUAAAUGUGUUACAACACAUUUUUGGGACUGAUAAUGAAAUCGAGUAAAGAUGAGUGUGAAAUCCCUUCAGGGUCUAGAAAAAUAACCAAUCUCACACUGGUGUCAACAGUCGGUCAAGUCCGUAGUCUACUCUGAUGACUUAAACAUUGUAGUCCUGUUUCCCGCUCGUCGGGGACCAGCUCACCCGCCCACACGGCUCCGUUCCCUCCACCACACUCACCAGCCAACCGCCAUAAUUUCUUUACUGUUUUUAUUGCCUACUAUGGUGUUGUGACUCCGCGACUGUGUGCAUCUUAGUGAAAGUUUAUAGAGAUUUGUUAUAGCGGAUGACCUGAGCAGUCGUGUGGUGAUGAGUGGCGGCGGUGAUUUGUAUGGAGUAACACAACAAGGCCAUCCACCCAAGUCCUUGUGGGCGCGUCAACACCUCACCCACAAUCCGAGUUUACAAUUUGAUAUGGAUGUUUCAGUUAAUUGUUAAACACAAAAUAUCCAACAAUAUCGCCCCCCUUUUGCCGGUAUAUUCAUUAGUUGUGGGUGGCAAAAGAUUUAAUGCAUUAUUUUGUAUUAAUUUUUGUAUUGCUUUGUUUUUGUUUUAAGCCGCAAUAUAAUUUAACAAGAGACAAAGAAGCUGUUACGGGUUGUUUUCUUGUUACAUUCAAUGGUUCCUGUCCACACUUCUGGGUUUCUGUGCCAUACAUUGUGCUCAAUACUCUUCUGUGCACACCACUAUUUGGUAUACAUUCAUCCGUACACACACAACCACUUCGCAUACAUGGCUUUUACUUUCAUGACUAUUUCCUGUACGUUAACUUGUAUACGCCCAUGACUUAUGAGUCUAUGUAGCAUUUUAUACUCCACACACACACACACACACACACGCACUGGCGACUGUACAGGCUACUUAUUUCAGUUCUUAAGUAAGCAUUACGAAAGUGACAAUCAUGCUACAACAGUCUGCCUCCCUCAACAACCAUCUGUUUACUGUGGCGGGAAGGAAGGUCUCACAUGACGCCACACUUCUUCCAACUCUCUCUUCGCUGGCAGCUUAUUCAAUACUGAGACAUCGAGUAUUCAGCUUCAACUUAAUAAUCCGAUCCCAUGCGUGAAUAGGAGCUUCUUCUAUGUACAACUUUUAAAGGAAAAUUUAUUUGUAUUUAAACUGAGUACGAGCUUGCUUAUAGUGAGGACCUGUAUCAUUUUAGUUUCCUUCCUGAAUAACUAUUGUGAACUGUGUGGAAGUAGAUAAUAGCCUAUGUUCUUUAAGAACACUUUAUUUAAAUGUAAGUAAUCACUUCUUUUAAAUUAACUAUUCAGUAGCAUAUAAAAAGGGUUUAUUUGGAGUCAUCAGUAGUUAUGUUAGACGUAAGUAACAGCAACAAACCCAAGAGUUUUAUCUCAUAAUUUUUAAUUGUUGUUGGACUGGUGUUAAUUACUAACCUUGUUACCUAGUUGUUGGAGCGCAGUAAUAACAUUAUAACAACAAGCAACUACGAAUAUUGAUUCAAGUAAUGGAUUACUUCGAUUAAAGUAUUCAGUAAGAGUAACGCUAUAUAUUUUGACUGUACCCUAUAGUCUUCUUCAGCGGGAGAGGACCGUAGGUUACAGUCAAGAUACAAUGUUUUCUCUGUAUUAUCUUCUCUUACAGUGGGAUUUUCAGUUUUAUAAUUUAUGUGGUACUACAUAAUAUAUAAAACCCAGUAUCUGUUGCUCUUAGGUUUGGUCUAUCGCUUCCACCCGAGUCAUUUUACUUUUCAGAAAAAAAAUCCUCAGUAUUUGCUGCGUCAGACUGCUGGUUAAGUGAGAUGAAGUAUAUCUGAGUUGAGCCCUUCAUAACGGGUCAUGUCUCCCUCAACCACCACUUUAAUACAGUACCUCGACCUUCAUGUUAGUCAUAACUGUUAAAACACUUCAUCGGAAAAUCUCUUAUUUUAAUUUAACUGAUUAUUUUAAUUGACUUGGUAAUAUUUAGUGUCAGGGUGUACUUUAGGUAGUCUGUCUGUCGGUUUACUCUUGCGAACUAUAUAAUUGUCUCGUUAUGUAUAAGACAACGGAUUUUUUUUUAUUUUUUUUAUUACUGUCGAUUUUUAGUUAGUAAGAUUUCAAGACUGAUACUGAAUCUUAAGUGUGGAAUUUCCCUUCUCUCUGGGUCUGUUGUGUUAAUUCACCCUCACCAAGUUUUUAGUUAGCUUUUUGUUCACGUCGACUGCAUCAAGAGGUUCUCCCUGGAACAAAUUUUACGCUCGAAAUUUCCAAUAUUUUCGAUUUUCUUAUGAGGCUCCAUUGGUUCCUUCUCUUUUGUCUACCUCAAUAGUGGAAGCUCCGAUCUGAGACUCAACCUGAGGCUUCUCAUUUUGGGAAGCCUCGCCGCGUGAGACACCAACAAAAGUUGAUACUUGUUGUCUUUCUCCCAGUCGUUGGGACAGACACAGCCACAAACUACCAAGAAUCGCUGUUAUCUUUUAGUAUAAUUUACCGCUCUGGAGUGCUCAUAGAGAACUGGACUACCAGCUCUCAAUUUCAAGCGAUAUUAACCCCUUUUACACGGACAUCCAUGUCAUUAUUUUUUUAUUAUCUUGAAUUUUGAGUGAACAGUAUUUGAGUUGUUUCUUAUUAAUGUAGAGCGCAUGAAAAAAAAAAUAGUGGGCUUUGAUAUAUAUUACAUGGAAUAUGAUAAGAAAAACUAAAAAACGGCUAUCUCUGUUCAUCAAGUAUGCUACGUGAUGGAACUCACUGCUCAAUGAUUUCCUAUUUCUCCCCCAAACCAGUGUUGGAGCUGGUCCAACCUGGCUCCCCGCGCCAGACACAUCCACCCAAACAAAGCCCGACCCGAAUGUAGCAAUUGGGUCAUUAUGGCUUUAAUUGGGUGUGAUUUUUCUUUGUUAUUUUUCUUAUUUUUGUCUUAUUAUUAUCUGGCCGGGGAAGCCAGAUUUCUAUGGGACGGGCGCCUUUGUUCUGCCGAAUGGAGGAAGGUACCCCGUGCCGCCCUCCUCCCUCCCCUGCCCUGACGCCUCCAGGGUAAGGCACGUCCCCAAGCGUUACCCUGAGGGCGCGACGGCCAUCCCUCCCCAACCCCCAGACCAUUCCCCUCCCUCCCUCCCUCGGCUUGUGCUACCGUCACGAGGCUUACUUGCCCUCCCCCCUCCCCACCCCCCUGCUAGGCACUCUAUAGGGACGUAGGAGAUCAAGAAUUUUGUAUAGUGUAUAUAACUACGUUGUUUUAAGCAAUAAAAGCUGUUUAAGAGA